AUGUUUCCUGCGUUGGUCGUCAUAGUCGCACUACUGCCGCUGGAGACAGAACCCGGGCCCAUAACUGCAGUCAUAGUAGACAUAGAAGCAGUUAUCGUUCCAGAUGAGGUCGAGGAGCCACUCAACAAGCUGAGAGGGCUAAAGGCACUUCCUGUAGAAGACGUACCGCUGCCGAUGCUUGACACACUACUGCCGCUGCUAGAAGAGGUAGACCCUGAGCCCACAAUUGCAGUCAUAGUAGUCACAGAGGCAGUGCUUGUGCCAGAUGAGGUCGAUAGACUACUUGACAAGCUCGGGGAGCUGGAGGCACUUCCUAUAGAAGAUGCACCACUGCCGCUGCUGGAAGAGGUCGAACCUGGGCCCAUAAUUGCAGUCAUAGUAGUUAAAGAGGCAGCGGUUGUGCCAGAUAAGGAGGUCGGUAGGCCACUUGAUGAGCUCAGGGAGCUAGACGAACUUCUUGUAGAAGAUGCACUACUGCCGCUGCUAGAAGAGGCAGAACCUGAGCCCACGAUCAUAGUAGUCAUAGAGGCAGUGCUUGUGCCAGAAGAGGUGGCCGAGGAGCCACUUAAGGAACUGGGAGAGCUAGAGGCGCUUCCCAUGGAAGAUGCACCAGGGCCCACAAUUGCGGUCAUAGUAGUCAUUGAAGAGGUGCUUGUACCAGAUGAGGUGCUUGUGCCAGAUGAGGUGGCGGAGGAGCCACUUGACGAACUGGGAGAGCUAGAGGCGCUUCCCCUGGAAGAUGCACCAGUGCCCACAAUUGCGGUCAUAGUAGUCAUUGAGGAGGUGCUUGUGCCAGAUGAGGUGCUUGUGCCAGAUGAGGUGCUUGUGCCAGAUGAGGUGCUUGUGCCAGAUGAGGUGCUUGUGCCGGAUGAGGCGCUUGUGCCAGAUGAGGUGGCGGAGGAGCCACUUGACGAACUGGGAGAGCUAGAGGCGCUCCCCGUGGAAGAUGCACCAGGGCCCACAAUUGCGGUCAUAGUAGUCAUUGAGGAGGUGCUUGUGCCAGAUAAGGUGCUUGUGCCAGAUGAGGUGCUUGUGCCAGAUGAGGUGCUUGUGCCAGAUGAGGUGCUUGUGCCAGAUGAGGUGCUUGUGCCAGAUGAGGUGGCGGAGGAGCCACUUGACGAACUGGGAGAACUAGAGGCGCUUCCUGUAGAAGAUGCAUCACUAGAUAAGGUAGUCGAAGAAGCGCCUCCCGUAGAAGAUGCACCUGGACCCAAAAUUGCGGUCAUAGUAGUCAUGGAGGCGGUGCUUGUGCCAGAUGAGGUGAUCGAGGAGCUACUUGACGAGCUUAGAGAGCCAGAGGCACUUCCUGUAGAAGAUGCAUCACCAGAUGAGGUAGUCGAAGAGCCACUUGACGAGCUAGGAGAGCUAGAGGCGCUUCCUGUAGAAGAUGCAUCACUAGAUAGGGUAGUCGAAGAAGCGCUUCCCGUAGAAGAUGCACCUGGACCCACAAUUGCGGUCAUAGUAGUCAUUGAGGAGGUGCUUGCGCCAGAUGAGGUAGUCGAAGAGCCACUUGACGAGCUAGGAGAGCUAGAGGCGCUUCCUGUAGAAGACGUACCACUGCCACUGCUGGAAGAGGAGGCAGAACCAGUCAUGGUAGUCAUGGACGCAGAACCAGACGACGCCGAGGAGCUAACCGAUGAGCCAAACGCGCUCCCUGUACUGGACGCAGAUGUGCUGCUACUAACGCUGGUUGGCGGAAGACCUGACGAGGAGGACCCACUUGCAGAUGCGGUUGGAGUGACUGUGGCGGUGGUCAUAGCACUGCUAUCCCUUGAUGUCGAAGAAGUAGACGAGGAGACUUUGGUGGAAGAAGAAGUCGAGUCGGUGGAGGAGGCGAUCGAAGACGAGGUUCCUGUUGAAGAUGUGGUUGCAGAAGAGGUGUUAGAUGAAGAGGCAUCAGUAGAAGAGGCGGAUGAAGAAGUGCCGAUCGAAGAGGCGGACGAGGAAGAAGUGCCAGUCGAAGAGGCGGAUGAAGAAGUGCCGGUCGAAGAGGCGGACGAGGAAGAAGUGCCAGUCGAAGAGGCGGAUGAAGAAGUGCCGGUCGAAGAGGCAGUUGGAGAAGUAGUGCCAGUCGAAGAGGCAGAGGAAGAAGUGUCGGUCGAAGAGGCAGAGGAUGAGGAAGAAGGCCCAGUCGAAGAGGCAGAGGAGGAGGAAGAAGUGUCGACCGAAGAGGUGGAGGAAGAGGAAGAAGUGUCGGUCGAAGAAGCGGAUGAAGAAGUGCCAGCCGAAGAGGCAGUUGGAGAAGUAGUGCCAGUCGAAGAGGCAGAGGAGGAAGAAGUGCCAGUCGAAGAGGCAGUUAGAGAAGUAGUGCCGGUCGAAGAGGCAGAGGAUGAGGAAGAAGGCCCGGUCGAAGAGGCAGAGGAGGAGGAAGAAGUGCCAGUCGAAGAGGCAGAGGAGGAGGAGGUGGUGGUGCCGGUCGAAGAGGCAGUUGGAGAAGAAGUGGCGGUGGAAAUGACAGUGGCGACCGAAGUGACCGUCGUGGCAAUAGAUGUAUCACUGCUUGCGCUGGAAGACGAGGACCCUGAAGUAGCUGUGGUAUCACUAUUGCUGGAAGAGGAGGACGGAGUGACCGUGACCGUGCUGCUGCGAUUUUUGAUUAGCCCCGGCGCUACAGUUAUCGAGAACUAG